GAAUACCCAGACUUUUGAUUUUAUUGAUUCUUCGUGCACAUACGAGUCACAAAAGUGGGUUUUGCUCCAGUCUGGUGCUUGAUGCAAUUAUCUGCCUUGCCCAUAGCUCUACCAUCGCGGAGAGGGAUCAGUUCAUCCUCCGAAACGACGACACUGACAUUCUGAAAACAGAGAAAACGAUUGUCGCCACUCCCUUCAUUUAGCUUCUGAUUUCAGCAUAACACCUCGUAGCAGUAAUCCUAUCAUGUCAGACAAUGGCUCAACCCCACCGGGCAAGCCCGAAGAGCCUCCUGCGACCGAACACUUGAAUAUCAAGGUCACGGAUAACAACAACGAAGUCUUUUUCAAGAUCAAGCGCACAACUGCUCUUAAGAAGCUCAUGGAUGCGUUCUGUGAGCGGCAAGGGAAGGCUCCGAAUACCGUCCGUUUCCUCUUUGAUGGUACCCGGGUGCAGCCUGCCGACACGCCUGAUUCUCUGGAGAUGCAAGACGGCGAUACUCUUGAAGUUCAUCAAGAACAAAUCGGAGGGUUUGGAGACAUGGACUGGUAG